UAGCUUUUGCCUCACAAAGGUUCUUAAGAAAACAAUGAGGAAAGAGUCAUGAAGCAAACUCUCACUUCUUCCCAUUGCUCUGCUGAUGAAAAGGGUGCUGCUGUCCCAACUAGAACCUAGAGAUAGGAGGGGUUCCCACAAGCCAGGCUGUUCCUGGAGAGACAGCAGGAUGGACAUAGAUGGAAUCUAUGAAAAUGUGAUCCAGAGAAAUGAACUGCCCCUGGUUGAAAAAGGCACAUUCCGGCACUCUGACAAUUUAGGUCAGACAUCUGAUGUUGGCGCCAACAGGAAACCAAGGAUCAUCCAUGCUGUCUUGGCACUCUUGGUUCUCAUCCUGGUUGCCUAUCUGUCAACUGUGACUUAUCUGUAUCUCCGUGGGAAAACUGACCACAUGAUGUCAGCACUUCUGUGGAAAGCUCACUUGGAGAGAGCUAAUGCCUCCAUUACAGACCUGAAGGGCCAAAAUGAAAUCCUAGUGCAGAAACUAUCAGAAAGGUAUACUGUCUAUAAGGGAAAUCUCUACUACUUUUCCUGUAUGGAAAAGUCCUGGACUGAGGCUGAGCGGUUCUGUGUGUCCAGUGGCUCCCAUCUGACAUCAGUGACCUCGAUGGAAGAGCAGUCAGUUGUGUCCAUGAGAAAGCCACUUCACCCUUUUGCCAACCAAGUCUUAGAUUUAUUACUACUAACAAUAGUUACCAUUUGUAAAGUCUAGAAAGCAAUUUCCAUGCUUUCUCAUUUUAUCCUCUCAACGUCCCUGGGAGGCUGAUGUUAUGAUUAUCCCCAUUUUACAGAAGAAACAGAAGCAGACAGCAGUUAAGCAUCUUGCCCAGGAUUAUACAACUAGUUCAUUUCUGAGGUAGGAUUUGAACUCAGAUCUUCCUGAUCUGAGGUCAAAGACACAAUCUCACAUACAGUUGAUCAAAACACAGGAUUUAUUCAUAAUCACACAGAGGGGCAAAUUAUCCAGGAGAAUUAUCCUCUAUCUUGUUUGGACCACCUAUACGGUGCUGCAUUCCAUUCUGGUCACCUCAGUUUAAAAAGGUAAUAAUCUAGAAGUGAGGAACUUGGAGACCUUGACAUAUAAGAAUCUGAUGGUGGAAGAAGAAAUGUUGAACCUGGAGAAGAUUCAGUAUGGCAGAGGCUUCUCUAAGUAUUUGAAGAGGAUGGGGAGAGUUAGCCUCAUUCUGCACAGCCUAGAGGGACGUAAGAGUCAUGUAGAAAAGUUCCAAAUAGAAAAAUCUAGGUUUACUCUAGGAGAAACUUCCUAACAAUGUCUCCCACUGGAACAGGCUGCCUUGGGAGGAGGGGAGUUUAGAUUACUCCACCCUACGUAGUCUAACAAAAACAGGAAUGUCUACACCCAUACUUAAAGAUUAAGUAUUUAGAAGGAUGGCCUAUGACAGACAUGUGCUGGCAAAUGACAAAUCAGAAACAGCUGACAGACCCCUGGGCUGUCCUAAGUCAAGCUUAAGCUACCAUUGGUACAGGUGAGAUUCAGGAAAGUGAUGGGAUCAGAGACUGGCAGACCAUUUGUCUGGGAUGGAUAGAUUUUCAGGUUUGGGUUGGGCUGCAUCAGGUCCUUUCCCUCAGUUUCACAUCCUCUCUCUUCUCAAACCCUUGUCAGCCUGCCCUCCAGCUUUAUCACCCAACUGCUCUGCACUCUCCAAGGGAACCAAAGAUCUCCUCAUUGCUAAAUUUGAUGACUUUUCCUCGAUCCUCAACUUUAUUUACCCCUCUAGAGUUUUUGACACUCAACUACCUCUUCUUCCUGCAUACACUGACCCUGGCUCUCCCUUUAUAUGUCUGACUGCUCCCUCACUGUCUCCUUUGCUGGAUUAUCCACCUCCUAAGCCCAGAGGUCCUCCAAAAAUCCAUCGUGGAUCCCCAUAUCUCUCAAUGUUCUUUCUCAGGGACUCAUCAGUUCUCGUGGUCUUAAUUAUCGUCACUCUGCAUAGGAUCCCCAAAUCUAUGAAUCUAAUCAUAAACUCCUCAGCCCUGCAUCACCAACUACCUACUGGACAUCUUGAACUAGAUGUCCCCAAACAUCUCAAAUCCAAUACGUUCAAAAUAGAGCCCCCAAAGCACUGCCCCUCUUCACUUUCUUGUUUCUGUCCAGUUGGCCAAGUUCAGAAACGUAAGGCUUAUCUUGUGGUUUCCAUUCACGCUCUCUCCGAGGGAGAGGAAUGACAUGAUUCAUCUUCAGUACGGUGAGCGUCAUGGUUCUUCCCUGUAUUCAUCAAAUAGUUAAUAUUUUUCAAAGUUGAUUUUCUCUAUAAUGGAGUCAUCAUUGCAUAUAGAUGGCUCUUCUAGUUCUCAUGUCACUUGGCAUCAGUUCCCAGAAGUCUUCCAUUUCCUCGGAAGCUGUCUGUUUCGUCAUUUCUCAUGGAAAAAUAAUAUAUUUCAUUCAUAUACAACUCUUUGUUUAGCCAGUCCCCAAUACAUGGACACCCUCUUGGUUUCUAAUUUGGAGCUUCUACAAAAAGAGAUGUGCUAGGCAGAGAGAUUCCAUAUGGCAGGACUGAGAAAAAAUGAUUUUCGAAGACUCAGAGAGAGGAAAUGUUGCGCACUACGUGAAGAACAAAAGAAAAACCAAAUAGUUGGACCAGAAAUCCAUGAAGGAAGUAACAGAUAAUAAAGCUGAAAAAGGAAGCUGGAGUCAGGGACAAAAGCCUUAAACACC